AUGGCUGCUAUCGAGCAAACAUGGAGCUUGGAGGGCAAGGUUGCUGUUGUCACUGGCUCAGGGCGUGGUAUUGGAAAGGCGAUGGCCAUUGAGCUCGCCAAGCGAGGCGCUAAGGUCGCCGUCAACUAUGCCAAUGCCGUCGAGGGUGCCGAGGCCGUCGUGAAGGAGAUCAAGGCAUUGGGCAAUGGCUCCGAUGCCGCCGCAUUCAAGGCCAACGUUGGCAACGUCGAGGAGACCGCCAAGUUGAUGGACGACGUCGUCGCACACUUCGGCAAGCUCGACAUCUGCUGUUCCAACUCCGGUGUCGUUUCCUUCGGUCACUUUGCCGAUGUCGAGCCUGAGGAGUUCGACCGCGUCUUCAACAUCAACACUCGUGGCCAGUUCUUCGUUGCCAAGGAGGCAUACAAGAGGAUGGAAGUUGGUGGCAGGAUCAUCCUCAUGGGAUCCAUCACUGGUCAGGCAAAGGGUGUGCCAAAGCACGCUAUCUACUCCGGAUCAAAGGGUGCAAUUGAGACUUUCACCAGGUGCAUGGCUAUCGAUGCUGGAGAGAAGAAGGUCACCGUCAACUGUGUGGCACCCGGUGGCAUCAAGACUGACAUGUACCAUGCCGUAUGCCGCGAGUACAUUCCCGGAGGCGACAAGCUCAGCGACGACCAGGUCGACGAGUUCGCCUGCACAUGGUCACCUCACAACCGUGUUGGCCAGCCAGUGGACAUUGCCCGCGUUGUCUGCUUCCUUGCUUCCAAGGAUGGUGACUGGGUCAACGGCAAGGUCAUUGGCAUUGACGGUGCUGCCUGCAUGUAA